AUGGAAAACAGAAAAGAUCUAUUACCUGACUUCAUUCAAUUGAGAGAAACCAACGACACCCCAUCUGUUCAUGAAUCGGAGGAUAGUUUAGAAACACGUGAAAAUCAGAGCCCUACUCCCCGUGCUAGGCUUGUUGAGCCAGUCACGUCUUUGACUGGCGGCAAUCAUUCCGAGAGCGAACCUCCUGUGCCUGUGUCCAAUUCGCAGACCUUAUCUGAUUCAUCGAGUUCUCCCUCUUAUCCAGGGUCACCUCGACGGAACACUCAAGCUCCGUCCACUCCUGUCAGACCAAUUCGAGUUCGAUAUUCCCUUAGGAGUUCUUCUCAGAAGUAUCUACCUGCAGCAAGGGCCACUGCUUCUUCUGGCAACACUCCUGCUUCUAUCAUAACUCGAAAGCGCCAGAGUAUUGAUACAACUUCUGCAAAUGCAAAGGGACCCCCAAAGGACGUGAUUCCAACCACUACCCCUAGGCCAAAGCUGGUUGUCAAGAAGCCUCACGACGCCUCCACAGACUCCAGGACCGAUUCAAACUCUGCAACUGCAAACAAAUAUCCAACAGACGUGGCAUCCACCACUCCUAGACUAAGACUUGUUCUCAAGAGGCCUCGGGAGGCCACCCCAGACUCAGGCCCAGGCUCGGAUUUUGCGAAUGAAAACAAACACACCAACAGUGCGACUCCCACUGUCACUCGUAGAAUAAAAUUGAUUGUCAACAGCAGAUCUCGUCAGUCCACCCUGGACUCCAUUCCCUCCACUGUUCCACCCGACCCCGUCAGCAACGACUAUUCUUCGUCCUUUGCCAACUCUGGAGAGCAGCCAUCCAACAUCAACUCUGAUCAAUUAAAGCAUACCAAAAAGACAUCCGUUGACACAUCUCAUGGGUCUUCUUCUGACUACGACGAGGCGUCCACAAAUAUCAACCCUACUUCGGAGCUCCCAGCUCCCAGUGCAUCUUCCAAGAGUCCUUCAAGCUCUGGCGAAGCUCCAUUUGGCUACAGUGGUUAUCGGUCUCCUCUUCGCGAUCUCGUCUUUUCUACUCCUCCAGACCCUUCAACAAAUCCUCCAAUGGAUCCCGAGCUAGAUUCUUCGAUGGAUGCUUCAAUGGAUCCUUAUAUGGAUCCCCAUCAACCAGAUUAUUCUGGGGUAGUGCUAGGUAUCACCCCCUUCGAAGACCCAAAUGUCAUUCCAUCCGCAUUCAUGUACCCCGAAGAGGCCACCGGCAGCGGCAAUCGGACCAUUGACCCAAUGGGUGUCUAUACUCCCGAGGAGUUUGAACGCAUCAUAGCAUCUGAACAGGAGCUCCUGCGUGAAAUGGCCGAUCCUCAUGCAGAUCCACCGCAUGUGGCUGCCUGGGAAGAUCAGCGACGUGUUGAAAGAUACAUUAAUCUGAAUGGUCUUGCUGCUGAUAUGAAAGCUGCUGUCAAAGAGAUGGAAGCUGAACAUGCUGAUGAUGAGACUUUACAGCCUGGAUAUUGGAAUUCUAUCAGUCUUUCUAAGCUUUACCCUACGGAGCCUGAUGCACCUGAUUCUUCUCUCCUUGAGCGUCCUCCAGCUUUGUUCAAGUUUGAUGAACCUGCUCAUAUUGAACCCUCUUCUACCCAACAAGCUGCCUCUGCUGACCUCAGGGAACCUUCUGAGGUCUCAAGUCAGACAUUGCAGUCAGUGGAAGUAUACCCAGACUCAGCCGCGAAACGUGUCCGGCACAUUUCACCCAAAACGAAGAGCUCGACCUCAGAGAAAUCAACCACAGCUUCGGCAAGAACCUCAGCCUCGGUCCAACGUCGCAGCGCCUCAUCCAGGGUUAAGACCCCAACCCCUUCGUCUACGUCAACCACGACACGCCGCCGCUCUAAGGACCAGCCUGUGACACCUGUACCUACCUCGACAUCAUUCCGUCGUCGUUCCAGAACCAGUAUGAAAACCGAGCUAGAUACUUCAGAGCCUCCGGUCACUGUCUCUCCACGCCGUCUGCGCAGCUCUGGCGUCAAACCCAGUCCUAGCACGAAGAAGAUGGGCAAGGGCAGCGCAACUCCAGACUCAUGGGAGACAGCACCUGUCGCAGACAAGAUGAUGUCCCAGAUGAAAGAGACGAAAAUGUCGUGGAUGGAAAUAACCACGACAUGGAACAAUAACAGGCCCGCCGAGGACGAUAUUAUGACAUCCCGAGCACUGAGCAAGCGAUGGGGACGGAUUAAGGAGAGUAUUGGUGCUUGGCCUGUUUUUGAUAUUGAUUCAGAGCCGGACGACAAUGGCUUUUUACAGAUUGCCGACUUUAUUACGGCUGAGCUUGGCUGGGACGUUUCCGCCACGGCUUGCAAGAAUCGAUACAAGUCCCUCAAGGAGUCUGGUGAAAUCAAUUUGAAGAGUAAGGGCAGGGCUCGAAAGUAA